GCUUGUUUUGAGGGCAAAGGCAAAUUGCUCUCCGGGCCGUGAGCCAUCACGGAUGAUCUAUUUCGAGAAGGUAAAUUUUGCAGGGCGAACAUAUUGGUGCAGUGCUGUCCUAAGAAGGAGAGGCGUGCGGCGACGAUGAGACCCUUUUGACCAGACCAGAGACCGGGCCGUAAGGCACGGUCACUGCGGAAUCUACUUUAAGCCGCGCCUCAUCCGGGUGGAGGUGGCUGGUGCGUUCAGGCAUCAUGCGACAUCUCAUCUGCGUACAGAUGCGAAUCUCUGGCUCUACUCGAUACGGCUAUGAGGCUCUCGCGUGGAAGCGGCUGUAUCUCCGCGAAUGCAAGACACCAUGUCCGUUCUAUGCUUCUUGGACAACUGACGCAACCUUCUUUAGACGACAUGUCCUCAUCGUCUACGCAUUUCUCUGAAGUCCAGGCAAUUAUUCGAUGCUUUCUGGGGGCUCGCUCCCCCACGAAGUCACUUGAAAGAACGCCAUGUCAUAUACUUUACGGAAAGUUUCUCCUCGCACAAAAACAUUUCGGUAUGCCGCCGAGUCCACAAAAGCGAAUAGAGAGGCAGAUUCAUGCGUCGGAGGGGCAUGCUUGGGGCAAGCCACUCGCUCGAUCUCCCGCGGCGUGGGUCUCUCUGCACACCCACGACGCAAUAUCUGCAAACCAUGCACGCAUGGGCCACGACAGGCGUCCAAAGCAACAUCCAUUGGAGCGCGGAUGACCUCCCGCGGACCGAUGCCUGUGGAUCUGCAUGGACAAGGCAGAUGCGGACCAAGGUCUCUUUCAGCCGACGCCAGGUACCUCGCCAACCGUCCCCUUCUGUUGGCCGCAGUUGGCUCAGCGAUAUUGAUUGUUGUCAAUCUUGAGGUACGGCGGGCGCAUGUUGCCUCAGUCGAGCAGUGCGGAGGGAGAGUGCUCGCUUCAUCUGGCAAUGUGUCCGAUAGACGGCGUAGGCGAGCGGUCUACGGACGCCACCAGCUGCCGCUGCUAGCAGGCCGCCCGACCCCAGAGGCAUGGCAUUGAUCUCAUCGUCCCGCAAUCAGCGGUUCGGCGAGGCCUUGCGGGCGCUCGGCUACGCCCACUUAACCAGGCGCACGCAAUUAAGGGGAGCAGCGCGCUGGGAAAUUUCCCCGUUGGCCAACGUUUCGGACAGAAUGGAAGAGCUGUUGCAACCGCCGCCGGAGGGGCCGCAGUGUGCUGGGAGACGGGCAUGAUGGCGAGCCA